UUAUGUUUCCUAAUAGGGCUGCUAAGAUGGUACUAUCAGCACUGUACUACAUGGAUCCCCAUUAAUUGCACACCGAACAGGUCAAGAAACCAAUCUACUUAUCCAUACCUAGCUCCAACAAACUCAUAUCAAAGACCAUAGUCAUGGAUGAUGGGCAUAUGCACGGCAUGGGAGGGAUGGCCCCAACGCCGCCAUCGACAAAUGGCACCACCAUGACGAUGAUGAUGCACCAUAAGAUGAUGAUGCACAUGACCUUCUUCUGGGGGAAAGACGCGGAUAUUCUCUUCAACAACUGGCCCGGGGGUAAAUCUGGAAUGUACGUGUUGGCCCUGGUCUUCGUUUUCGUCAUGGCCGUUCUCGUGGAGUUGCUCUCCCACACCCGCUUCAUCAAACCCGGUUCGAACCAUGUCGUGUCCGGUCUGAUUAAGACCCUUUUGCAUGUCCUCAGGGUUGGCCUCGCUUAUUUGGUCAUGCUCGCCCUCAUGUCUUUUAACGGCGGCGUCUUCUUGGUCGCUGUUCUCGGUCACGCCUUGGGGUUUUUCGUUUCUACCGUGGCUUUCAAUAAACCGCCACAAAAUGAGGGCUUUGAUCUUCCUCCAAUUUCUUGUUAGUUAUAUUCGCUGUUUUUUUAUUCCUUUUGUUGAUUAAUUGUUACAAUUGCGUAAUAUUUGAUAGCGGAUAAUGAAAUUGGAGCUGUUUUAGGUUUAAAUCUAGGUGCCUAUAUUAUGUGGUUUAUGUCUUUGCCAGUACGUUGUUGUUAAUGUGAAUGAAAAAUCAAUUAAUUUUAAUUAUCUGUUGUUUCUA